AUGGCGUUGAUGUCCUCGUUCAAUCCCGUGCUUGUCGUGCGUUGCUUGAGGGCUGCGACGGCGUUUGCAGUGGUCUCGGCCAUUAUUUUUGCCUCGGUACACAUAUCUUUCCGAUGGCAAAUUGGCAACAGCCGAUUAAAGGUCUGCCCAUCUCAUAUAUCCGAAGACGACUUCUCCACAGCGGCCAUUCGUUGUCGAAUACUCUCUGCACAGGCUGCGGCGCGAUCUGUUCGCAAACCCCAGUCGUCAACCCCAGCUGAAGCGGUGGCCGAAUACAAACGUCGGUACCACAGACCACCACCAAAAGGAUUCGAGGAAUGGGUUACAUUUGCUCUCGAGCGGGACUCAAAGAUCAUUGACGACUUCGACCAAAUUGACCGAGACCUGGAACCAUAUCGCGAUGCCGAGGCGCGGCAGACCUUCCAAUCCCUUAAGGAGAAAAGUUGGGACUGCCCUCUUACAACUCGUAUCGAAUGUCGGAACGGAACUAUGUCGACUUCGGCGCAGUACAGAUACGAUGGAGAAUUGAGAAGGCUGGUUGAGCCAUUUGUCGACGCAAUGCCUGACGGCCUCUUCUACUUGAGCCUCAUCGAUGAGCCAAGGAUACUUAGUCGCUCUGGACCCCGGCCGAGCUCGGUACAGUUCCAAGAAAAGAUCGGAGAAUCCAUUGAGGAUCUGAUAGCAGAUUCAUGUGGUCAAAUUACUCCACAGCCGGUAGAGUCAUUUCUUUAUUACAAGGACGUCUGCCGGUCGUCCAAUCCGGCCAGCCUCCACGCCCUUGUCUCGUCACCUGGUGCAUUCUCCUAUACACACUCACUUAUACCGGUUUUGAGCUUCGGGAGAAUGUCCGCUUUUCGGGAUAUCUUGAUACCUUGUCCAUGCUAUGUCGCGCAUCCUCUGGCAGAAAACGAUCCAUUGUCGUUCCUAGAAAAGAAACCUGUCCUCUACUGGCGAGGUUCUUCUACUGGCGGCCGAGCAACACGUUUCGGCUGGAAGAAUGGUCACAGACAGCGAUUUGUCAGGUUCGUCCGGUCUCUUCAAGAAGCGGCCAACGCGCUUGAAGCGAGCCAGUUACUCGGCUUGGGGGUUGAUUCAUUGAGCAAGAAGCGUAUCCAGCUAUUCAAGGAUGCAUUUGACGUUCAUAUGAGUGAUUAUCUUCAGUGUGAUGACGAUGCCUGCAAGGAUAUGGAGCGAACACUGGGUCCGACAAAUUUUGAGCCCGAGGAUACAACUGAAAAUUAUAGAUAUCUUUUCGACCUAGAUGGAAACAGUAUGAGCACUAGGUUUUAUCGUCUGCUGUCUAGGGAAGCUGUCGUGUUGAAACAGACUUGGUUCCAGGAGUGGCAUGACGACCGCCUUACUCCUUGGGCACACUAUAUUCCCGUGAGUAUGACCAUGGAAGAGCUUCCCGCGCUUCUUGAGUUCCUCAUAAACGAUCCAAAUGGUGAACUAUUAUCUGCGGAGAUUGCCAAAGCUGGAUCUAUGAGGUCACGGGAAGUACUACGGGAGGCUGAUAUGUCGAUCUAUCUGUACAGGCUACUACUAGAAAUGACAGAUCUGUUGGGAUAG